AUGGGUGGAAAAAUUGACUCUUCCAUUAACAAAGGCAAUGCUCCGUACACUUUCAGACUUAGAGGUCAAAAUUAUCAUAGUAUAGGAAGUCUUAUACCUUCAUAUGGAUCCAAACCAAAGUUCUCUCAACUUUACAUAUAUGAUACUGAAAACGAAGUUUCAAAUAGACAAAACGCUUUCAGCAGUAAAGAAAAAGACGGGUGUAUAUCACCUUCUCAUUCACUUGAUAUCGAGAUCAUACAGUUAUUGAAGGUCAUGUUGGAUUCAACAAAUGAACUGGUUAAGUGGUAUAGAAUGGCAAGAGAUUGUUUUUCUGAAAAUCCUCAUAUGGAUUUAAAGUUACAUCUUAUAGGAAGAAGGCAAAAAUAUGGACGAACGUAUAACUUACCUACUGCUUCUGAGGUUGUUGCUUUGAUUGUUGGUGACAUUUGUGAUUCAAUUGAUAAUAGAGAUAUCAUUGUAACAACUCAGUCAGGAAGUCUACAACGUAUAAAUGAAUUACAUUUUGCUUACCUUGCUCUUCAAUACCCACUACUCUUUCCUUAUGGAGAUGAUGGAUAUAGAGUUGACAUCCCUCAUAAAGGUGUUACGCCUUAA